AUACAUUAACGGUCGGUAAAUUCAAAACUUAUCAACGGUCACCAAAUUCAAAUUUGAAGGAUCCCAUUCCCAUCGCUCACCACACUUGGAAGCACUCUCAAACUUUCUUUCCGACACGAACCAGCUCUCUCUCUCUCUCUCUCUCACUCUCCAAAUUCCUUCUUGAUUGCCAAGACUCGAUCUUUUACAUGGAUCCGAUUCAAUCGAACGACGUCCAUAUAGACCCACAAACCCUAAUCUCAGAGCCUAAAGAUUCUCUAAUGCAAGACGCCGGCGAGUCCUUGUUCGAUUCGAUGGUUUGCGAUUCCAGUUCAAGACUCAUCCCAACUGGGUUCACCAGAUCUGACAACGCAGCAGAAGAGGAGUGUUUCAUGUUUGUAAACGCGGGAGGGGAUGCUUUUAGUGAAGCAGCUGGUGGAAUAACGUUCCUGGCUGACACCUAUUUUGAUGGUGGCAACGUUUUGCGUACCAAUGAGCAAAUAGUGGAGGGUGGAGACUACCCGUUUAUCUAUCAAUCAGCUCGGUUGGGAAGCUUUUGUUACAGGUUUGAUAAUCUUCCUCCUGGAGACUUUGUUGUGGAUCUUCAUUUUGUGGAGAUCAUCAACACAAAUGGGCCAAAAGGAAUGAGGGUGUUCAAUGUAUACAUCCAAGAUGAAAAGGUUCUAGCUGAAUUGGAUAUCUAUGCUGUUGUUGGAGCCAAUAAGCCAGUACAGUUGGUUGAUUCAAGGGUGUCUGUGAAGGAUGAUGGGGUAAUUCUCAUAAGAUUUGAAAGUAUAACUGGAAGCCCAGUCGUUAGUGGGAUUUGCAUUAGGAGAGCAACAAAGCUGUCAGCUCCACUAGUGACAAGUGAUUACAUUAAGUGUGGCUACUGCGCUGCACAGAUUGAAAUUCCCUCAUCACAGAUGAAAGUUAUGCAGGCAAAGUCCACGGCAAAGUACAAGAAUAAGAUAAAAGAGCUCACUAUGCAGUGCGAGCUCAAGGCAAAAGAAUGCUAUGAGGCAUGGAUGUCAUUAACUGCGACAAAUGAGCAACUAGUGGCAGUUCAGAUGGAACUUGACAAAGUGACAUUUAAGUCACUCACAACUGAUCAAACUGUGGAGAAACAAGCUGAAAGCCUGAAGAAUAUUUCUAAUAGUUACGAGCUUGAUAAGCAGAAAUGGACAGAAGCAAUUAACAGUUUACAGGAAAAAAUAAAGUUGAUGAAGAGUGAUUAUUCAAAACUUUCCUUUGAAGCGCAUGAAUGUGUUGAUUCAAUCCCUGAAUUAAAUAAGAUGGUUUUUGCAGUACAUGAAUUGGUUAAGCAGUGUGAAGAUCUCAAAGUGAAGUACAACGAAGAGAUGACAAUGAGAAAGAAACUCUUCAAUGAAGUUCAAGAGGCUAAAGGAAACAUCAGGGUUUUCUGUCGUUGCCGUCCAUUGAAUAAGGCUGAAAUAUCAGCUGGGUACAAUACAGUUGUGGAUUUUGAUGCAGCAAAGGAUGGAUCCCUAGGAAUUUUAACAGGUGGCUCCACCAAAAAACCAUUCAGAUUUGACAGAGUUUAUACACCAAAUGAUGACCAAGUUGAUGUUUUUGCUGACGCAUCAUCAAUGGUAAUCUCUGUACUGGAUGGCUACAAUGUUUGCAUCUUUGCUUAUGGACAAACAGGAACAGGGAAGACAUUCACCAUGGAAGGAACAGAACAAAAUAGAGGAGUAAAUUACAGGACUCUUGAGCACUUGUUUAAAAUUAGUAAUGAAAGGAGUGAAACAUUCAAAUAUGACAUAUCUGUUAGUGUGCUUGAGGUUUACAAUGAACAAAUCAGAGACUUGUUGGCUACAGGACCUACAUCAAAAAGGUUGGAGGUGAAACUAGCUUCUGAAGGGUUUCAUCAUGUUCCUGGUGUUGUAGAAGUCAAGAUUGAUAACAUAAAUGAAGUCUGGAGUGUACUGCAGGCUGGAAAUAAUGCUAGAGCAGUUGGAAGUAAUAACGUUAAUGAACAUAGCAGCCGAUCUCACUGCAUGCUUUGUAUAACAGUAAAGGCUAAAAAUCUGUUGAAUGGCGCAUGUACCAAGAGCAAACUUUGGCUAGUGGAUUUGGCAGGUAGUGAGAGAAUUGGAAAGACUGCAGCGGAAGGGGAACGACUUAAGGAAGCACAAAAUAUCAAUAGAUCUCUAUCUGCUCUUGGAGAUGUAAUAUCUGCUUUAGCAGCUAAAAGUAGUCACAUUCCAUAUAGGAACUCUAAACUGACACAGUUGCUUCAAGACUCGCUAGGUGGUGAAUCCAAAACCUUGAUGUUUGUACAAAUAAGUCCAUCAGACCAGGACUUAAAUGAGACACUGAGCUCACUUAAUUUUGCAACUAGAGUGAGGGGUGUUGAGUUAGGUCCUGUCAAGAAACAAAUUGAUACAAGUGAACUUAAUAAGAUGAAGACAAUGCUUGAAAAAGCACGGAGUGAGUGCAAAAUGAAAGAUGAAACUAUGCGAAAACUUGAAGAAAACAUGCAAAGCAUGGAGAGCAAGGCUAAAGGCAAGGAUCAAAUUUCCAAAAGUCUACAAGAAAAGAUUAAAGAACUUGAGGGACAGAUCGAGUUGAGAAAAUCCAUGCAAAAUGAGUCAGAGAAACAAAUUUCUCAAUUAUCUGACAAAUUGAGAGGGAAGGAAGAAACCUGCUGUACCCUCCAACAAAAGGUGAAAGAGCUAGAGAGAAAGAUGAAAGAACAACUGCAGUCAGAGUCAGCAACUUUACAACAGAAGGUUAGGGAUCUAGAGAAAAAGCUGAAAGAUCAGAUGCAAGGGUCUGAGUCUGAAUCUGCCAUUUUGAAAGAUAAGAUCAAGGAGCUUGAGAGAAAACUGAAAGAGCAGGAACAGAGCUCAAUGUCCUUGCUUCAUCAACAGAUGAAAGAACUAGAGGAUAGGUACAGAGAACGAGAGCAACAGUGGCAACAAACUCAUUGUUUUGUGGAUGCAGUAAAAGCCACACCUGAGGUAGGUAAAAGCUGCACGAGUGAAGAAUGUCCAAGCGAGAUUGACGCUGGCAUUUUAAGGUGUUCAAACUCAGUGAACCGCCAGAUAAUUCAAGGUUCUUUGUUCAAAGGGAAUGAUUCCACUCAUCAGAUAAGAAGCAAAAGAGAGUUUAGAAGCAAUGAUGAAAACAACUUUGUCAUGUCAUCAUCAUUACACGAUAGAAAAAUCACAAGGAAAUCUGAUCCACCUAAAAUAGUGAGGGGUGGAAGACCAACACCAAGACCAGUCAUUGGUAGCCAAGCUGCAGUAGUGUCCCACAAGAGAGCUAGCACAAGCAGAGAUCAGGCUCAAGGAAUCAGAGAGAGGGACAGUAAGAAGAAAAUCUGGUCAAGAUAAAUACUAUAUCCUGUAACUUUAAAAGGAGGCUGCUCGCUCCUAUAGUAUAGAAUUCCUUUUCUUAUCCUGAAAGCUUGAUUUGCAACUGAAAUUUUCUGUUUAAUAGUUAAUAGAAUACAUGAAAUCAUUGUUUAGUGAAAUUAUAUUACUGA